GCACUGUCCCCACGGGUCUCAGGGCACAAGAAGUGUUUCACACGCUUGUUGCAUCGGUCAGCACUGAAGUACCGCCUUGCCAGUGUUAAUCGCCGCUUCCUUGAGCUCAGGAGUGUAAAAAAAUGGAUUUGGCCAACCAUGGACUUAUUCUGCUGCAGCAGCUAAAUGCUCAGAGAGAGUUCGGUUUCCUGUGUGACUGCACAGUUGCCAUUGGGGAUGUCUACUUCAAGGCACACAAAUCUGUCCUCGCUUCUUUCUCCAACUACUUCAAGAUGUUGUUUGUUCAUCAAACCAGUGAAUGUGUCCGUUUGAAAGCGACCGACAUACAGCCAGACAUCUUCAGUUAUCUCUUGCAUUUGAUGUACACUGGGAAGAUGGCACCACAACUCAUUGACCCAGUUCGACUAGAACAGGGAAUAAAGUUUCUGCAUGCAUAUCCACUAAUUCAAGAGGCCAGCCUUGCAAGUCAGGGAACUUUUUCUCACCCGGAUCAAGUCUUUCCAUUAGCAUCUUCAUUAUAUGGCAUUCAGAUUGCAGAUCACCAGAUAAGGCAUCCCACUAAGGUUACGUCAGCGACUGACAAACUUGGGCGAGAACCACGGCCUCAGACAUCCAGGAUGAGCCAAGAGCAGGCUUCUGAUGGCUCACAGCUCUCGCAGUUGGGUGCAAAUCUGCCACAAGUGAGCCGGACAAAUAUGUCUGCUUCUGACCCAUUGCCAUCUUCUCUGUCUCCGGAAUUGGUGUCUGCUGCUGGUAAUAAUUCACCUUCGGGAGAAGAGGCCAAUAUGGAAGCAUCUUCUUCAGAUGAGCAGCCUGCCUCUCUCACAAUAGCACAUGUCAAGCCAAGCAUUAUGAAAAGGAACGGAAGCUUCCCAAAAUACUAUGCCUGUCACCUCUGUGGCCGGCGGUUCAACCUGCGCAGCAGCUUGCGGGAGCACCUGCAGAUCCACACGGGAGUUCCCUUCACAUCUAGCCAGCAGGGAGAAAGUAAUAUUUCUUUGUCUCUUUGUAACAACACAGCUGAUAAAGAUGCCAUGGAAGUGCCUGAAGCGGGGAUGAUUAGUGACAGCGAGCUGCAGCAGAUCUCAGACUCCCCAAUAAUUGAUGGGCAGCAGCAGUCAGAGACGCCUCCCCCCUCCGAUAUCGCAGAUAUCGACAACCUGGAGCAGGCAGAUCAAGAGAGGGAGGUAAAGAGACGGAAAUACGAAUGUUCCAUCUGUGGUCGCAAAUUUAUUCAGAAAAGCCACUGGAGGGAGCACAUGUACAUACACACGGGCAAGCCCUUCAAGUGCAGCACUUGUGACAAAAGCUUUUGUAGGGCUAACCAGGCUGCCAGACACGUGUGCCUAAACCAGAGCAUGGACACGUACACCAUGGUGGAUAAACAGACUCUGGAGCUCUGUACCUUUGAGGAAGGCAGUCAAAUGGACAACAUGCUUGUACAGACCAACAAGCCCUACAAAUGUAACUUGUGUGACAAAACUUUUUCAACUCCCAAUGAAGUAGUCAAACAUUCGUGCCAAAAUCAAAACUCUGUCUUUACGCUAGAAGAAGAUCGCUCCAUUCUGUUAGGUGGUGGGGACACAGAAGCCACAGAGACUGAUAACGCAGUGUUAGCCUCCAUCAAAAAGGAGCAGGAAGCAGUGUUGUUAGACUGAAUGUGAAACCUAUAUCAAUUUUUUAAAGUUUCUUUACUCAUUUUUUAUUAAAUCAAUUUUUUCCUCCCCCUACCUCUUACCUCACCCCUACCAUCUUUUCCAGCAACCUCCUUCCCACCCUU